GGGGCGGGAGGAGCCCGGGGGCGGCCGGUGCUGCGCAAGGCCCGGGCGGGCGGCGGAGGAGCCCUGGCUGGAACGCUGCCGUCGGCCCGAUGUGGCGCAGGUCGGUGCCAAGCCCGGAGGAGGGAUUAGAAGAUGGUUCAUGAAGCUGCGCGUUGGCGCCCUGAGCGAAGGGGCCGUUCCGGGGCUCGCCCCGCUGCCUGCCCGAGAGGUGCGAGGGGUUAAGCCGGGGAGGCGCGGGGAUGGAGGGCUCGGGCGAUGCCUCCCGAGCCGUGGCCGACUGGCGCCUGGCCGUGUGGACCCUGUGCUCCGUGCUCCUGCCCGUGCUCAUCACGGCGUGGUGCAGCUUCCAGCGGUCCCGGCGGCAGCUGCUGAUACGGGACAUCUUCCGCAAGAGCAAACACGACUGGCACUACACGGACCUCUUCGGGCAGCCCUCGUACUGCUGCGUGUGCGCCCAGCACAUCCUCCGCGGCGCCUUCUGCGGCUGCUGCGGGCUGCGCGUCAGCGAGCGCUGCCUCAAGAAGGCGGACCAGCGCUUCCUCUGCAAGGAGAUCAUGAUGAGGGGCACCGGGGGAGGCCCCAGCUCCAUGCCACACCACUGGAUCAGGGGCAAUGUCCCUCUCUGCAGCUGCUGCAUGGUCUGCAAACAACAGUGUGGCACACAGCCCAAGCUCUGCGACUACAGGUGUGUGUGGUGUCAAUACACUGUGCAUGAUGAAUGCAUGGUGGAUUGUUUGAGGACUGAGGACUGUACAUUUGGAGAAUUCAAAGACUUAAUUAUUCCACCCUACUAUUUGUCUAUAAUCAACCAGAUGCGUAAAGAGAAAAGAACCAGUUAUGAAAAGGUGGUCCCUUACUGCAGGAAACACUGGAUGCCAGUAAUUGUGCUGGCUAAUACUCGCAGUGGAAACAACAUGGGUGAAACUUUACUAGGAGAAUUUAAAAUGCUGCUGAACCCCGUUCAGGUUUUUGAUCUCAGCAAAAUUGCACCUGCUAAAGCACUCCAGCUCUGCACUUUGCUGCCUUGCAACGCUGUCAGGGUUCUGGUCUGUGGUGGGGAUGGCACAGUGGGCUGGGUCCUGGAUGCAAUUGAUGAAAUGAAGAUAAAGGGGCAAGAACGAUAUAUUCCACAAGUUGCAAUUUUACCUCUGGGAACAGGGAAUGACCUGUCUAAUACACUGGGCUGGGGUGCAGGUUAUGCUGGAGAAGUCCCUAUAGAGCAGAUCUUACGAAAUGUCAUGGAGGCAGAUGGAGUCAAACUAGACAGUAUAGAUAUGAGAUUCCUAACUACAGCUUUGAUACUGAGGACUGUCUGUCACAAGUCUAUGUACCAACUGUUGUUUUUCAGAUGGAAGGUUCAAGUAACAAACAAAGGAUACUACAACUUAAGGAAACCAAAGGUAUUCACAAUGAACAACUACUUCUCUAUAGGACCUGAUGCUCUCAUGGCUUUAAAUUUCCAUGCCCAUCGUGAGAAAACUCCCUCUCUGUUUUCCAGCAGAAUUAUCAAUAAGGCUGUUUAUUUUUUUUAUGGAACCAAAGACUGCUUAGUACAAGAAUGUAAAGAUCUUAACAAAAAGGUUGAGCUAGAGUUGGAUGGUGAGAGGAUUGAGUUGCCCAAUUUGGAAGGCAUCAUUGUGCUGAAUAUUGGAUACUGGGGAGGUGGCUGCAGGCUCUGGGAAGGAAUGGGGGAUGAACCUUACCCCUUGGCGAGACAUGAUGAUGGACUUCUAGAAGUUGUUGGUGUUCAUGGUUCUUUCCACUGUGCCCAGAUCCAGGUGAAACUGGCAAAUCCUGUUCGCCUGGGGCAGGCACAUACAGUGAGGCUGAUCCUGAAGAGCUCCAAGAUGCCGAUGCAGGUGGACGGGGAGCCCUGGGCGCAGGGGCCCUGCACUGUCACCAUCACUCACAAGACCUACACACUGAUGUUGUACCACUCGGGGGAGCAGACGGAUGAUGAUGCCUCCAGCCUGUCAGAGUAACACCAAGGGAGGGAGCAGGUGGAUAAAGAAGAGCUGGAGAUUUUGUGGGAUUUCACAUGCAGCAGCGAGGAACUUCAGCUUGUUAAAACACCGAUGUCUGAUCUAGAUUAAGGUUUAUGCACUAAGGUUCAUACUUGUGAAUGAACUAGAGCUGAGGAAAAAGCCAUGCUUUUGCACUCAUGGAAACUUUCACAGCUGAAUUACCACAACUGGUUUGCUUUUAGGUUGGUGGGGAUGCCCUCCAGGCUUUCCAGCUGGAGUGCGUUCCUGUAAUGGCUGAAAAGGGACAGAUGCUGCAGCCCUUCCUUGCUGUGGAAUCAGAUCUUGUGCACAUACACAGUACAAUGUUUCAGAGAGAUGUUUCAUACUCUUGGAAAGGGGAGCAGCUGGGAGUUUGACCUGCUUCCACCUGCCCUCUUCCCCAGAACAGUUCCAGAACAGAAAACCAUACCAAGCAGAAUAUGGGUUGAUGUUCUGUCAGCAGCCUGCUCCUGGCUGCCAUCUCUGUUUGCUAGCAAGAGCAGUAACUCUGUGCGCCCCUUUGUGCGGUGUGUUUCUGAUAAGCUUCACUGGGAGAGUGGAGGAUCUGGGAGCUCUGGGGAAGGUGCUCAGCAAGAAAAUUGCUCUUGGACCAAAGGUUUCUGGAAAUGUUCUUUAGGAGAUGAUCUUUUUCAGUGGCUUUGUAAGCCGGAGAGUACCCUGAGGUCUUGAGUUCCCAACAUACAACUCAAAAUAAUUGUACCAUGACUUGCACUGAAUGAUCCUGUGACUUGACUUUGCUUCAGUUCAGUCAGAAACUAAUUCUAGUUUUUGUAAAUAGCAGCAUCACAGUUCUUAGGGAGGCUUUUUGGAGGAAAACUUGUACAAAGGAGCAUCUUUUUUAGGUGUUAUGGGGAAAGGGUUUUAAAGAAAUAAUAAUGAUUGGCAGAUGCGGGGUAUUUUUAAAAGACUUGUUAAAGAUCUUGGCUCAUAAUUACCUGAGAAUGAUCAGUAGUAAGUGUCAGUCUGUUAACUUUCAAUUUUAAAUGUGGAGGUUGAGAGCUAAGUUUGCAGAGGUGGUAUUCGUGUGUGUAAUUUGAUUGUGGAAAAAAAGCAUGGAAGCAUUUGUUUCUGACUGCCUCUUAGGGGGUCAAAGAUACCUUGUUGGUACCCUCAUCUCCCUUAUGAAUAUAAAGUGGGGAAGAAGAUUAGUGGUUGAUCCUGGUAAUAAAGGUUCAGAACACUUAUAGCGGUACACUAGGACUGUCAGCUUGGCAUAUCUGAAGCUUCUCAGGUUAAAAGCUUCUCAGGUGAAAACAUCUUCAUGGUUAACAAAAGUAAAAGAUCUGAUUCCUGUUCUUUUUGUUGUAAGAAUUCUAAGCCUGCAGCAGGUGAUAGCUGAGUUGAGAUUUAAAAUGUCUCACUGAGUAAAUUCAGUUUAGUUACUGAAGGUGCUCUUCCAAGUAGAAAGAGAAUUUAUCCUGUGUAAGCCAAGAUAAUAAGUUGAGAGCUUUGGUCUGAACUUUGAAUGUUGCUGCUUUUGUCAUGAUUCCCCCAGGUUUUUUUUUUUUCCCUUAUGCUGACUGAAAAUGAGACCACUGGGUAAAGUCAGCUGUGUUUCUAGGUUUUUUAAAAUCAAACUGUUUUUCAAAAACAUGUAAAAUGAUGUUUGCAUUAACAGUGAACGAUCUAUUUAUAUUUUAAAAUAAUUUAUUGAAACUUGGCAAAGUCAGUAUUUUUAAAACCUUCAAUUGUAAUCCUCUUUGGAAAGCAUUUUUAACUUGAUGGUAUUCCUUGUAGAAAGUGUAUGUACUAGAACUUCAAUACUACUGAUUCUCAGUGAAUUUACAGCAGUCUGAAAAUGUGAUUAGAGUGUAAUGAACUGUAAAGCAGAAGUCACUUGUAAAUUCCAUAUUCAUUAGCCUUAUGCACCUCAUUUUAAUGAUUUUAUUGUAUGUAAAUAUAGAUGAAAAAUAAUAGUAAAAUAUAUGUAUGAAGUGUUUUAAAUACCCUAAAUAUACUAUGUUAGAUGGAUCCAUUACCUUUUUUUUUAGUUAUGAGCUUCAUUUGUAAUAGCUUCAAAAAUCUUACAAGUUAAGUUAUUAUUUUUUUAAUAACUUGUAACCAUCAGCAUCCUAAAAAUAUUCAAGUUCUAUGCUGUAGUUCUUAUGUAACUGUUGUUUACAAACAAAUGAGGAAUCUCUGGAAAAGCAGGGUAUGUGCUCUGAAAGGCAGUAUUUGAAAUGACACCACUGGCUACUUCAAACUAUUCAUAAUGCAGUUCAAAGAGUUCUGUGAAGUUGAACAGAUGAUUAUUCAAAUUGGUUUAUGGCCCAAGAACUUUUAACUGUUGAAAAACUUCACUCUUUUGACUCCUGAGAUCUAGAAAAGAAAUAAUUGAUGACAAGGUUGGAAGUCUCCCUGUGUUACCACAGGUGAGGGAUGAAUAGGCUUCUCCGCUUGUGCCCCAGUGGGGGCUGUUGUGCUCCCACUCACUGCAGUUUACCAGGACUCCAAUCCAACAAGUGUGAAAUCCCCUGGGAAAGGUAAAUCCAUCAUUCCUGCUGGAGAAACAAGGUGAAAGUAGCAUCUAACUGGGUGCUUGUUUGGGAAAACCCCUGAUAAAUGGCCUUGUUUUUGGAGGUGAAGAAGUUUGUCUCACCAAUGGACUGUAAGUGAUGGCAGCAAAUGUGGCCAUGGUGGCCAUGGGGAAGCCUCUUGUGAAAUUGUAUGUAUGGUUUAGAGAACGUUCUGUAAGGUUGGAGUGUCCAUUGUGACUGUAGCUGUCAUACGUGUAAGAAAAGAUGUUGUAAAAAACAUACAUAGUUAGCCCUGGAAUCAGUUGGGAAGCCUUGCUGUUUCAAACUGUUCCUUGAUUUCAAUGUAUCCUCCUUUCUGGUGUGUUGCAAAUUGGGUUAAAGCCUGUUUAGAAUUACUUUGAUGGUGCUGUUUCCAGUUUUAGCCCAAGUUUGGUGUCAGCAGUGGGCUCCCAAACUGUCUCGCAGCAGGAAUGAACUUUGCUAGUUUGUAAUAGCUGUAGCUGCCCAGUGCUGUGGUGUGCAUUGUGGAUGUAAACUGCUCCACACUUUUUAAUUGUAGGUGCAUAGAGCACCAUUUCAAACAGCUACUCCAUCCCAGGAGUACCUACUCCUUGUAGGUUGGAACCCUGGAAAUCGCCACAGUAUAUUCUCUGUCUGGGAGAGGGGACUCUGCAGCUGGAGCUCCUGUCCUGCACUGAAGAAUUUUCCCUUAUCCUGUUAAUCAUUAACAUUGGAAAAAUAGAGAAAACGAUAUUUCAGAAAGUCAAAUAACAAAUUGUUUCUUCCGUCAGUCUUCAUACAUUAUAGCUUUGUGUAAAAUGUACAGAGUAAACAAUAACACUGAUUGUCAAGCACUUACAAGUGAGUUCAUAAAGUUUAUUUUUAAGUUGUAUUGCUGCAUCCAGUAGCUUAACUGAAGUUUGGUCAGAUUCUGAUAACUUUCUUUACUGUAGGUUCUUGGUCCUGCGACAGGCAAUACAAAAAGCAUAAAUCUGCAUGGAGAGCCUUUCUGUGGGUCAGCUCCUUGCCUGGCUCACACUGCACUUGUUUACUCACAUUGAGAGGAUUUGAUGGGUAUUUUUAUGUGCACAGAACCUCCUGUCAAAGGCUUUGUCAGAAAAGUAAUUUGGAAUGGCUUCACACAGCUGUUCUUGGCUCAGUGACCCACCUGUUUGGCUUUUCCAGUCACCAUCACCACCAGGACUCCAAAGGUCAUCCAACACCCCUGGCCUGUAUUGAAAGUAGAAUCUUUGCUCUCGCUGCUGCUGGGGGGAACUUCCCUGUUCUCCACAGCUUCUGAGAACUGAUCCUUGAAGGGUUUGGUUUCAGUCUGGCCAAUUCCUUCUGGUUCUGUGUUACAUUGCACUGAAGCUUUUACAGUGUGUGUUACUGUAUCUCACUGGUUAAGUAAAAAAGCACUGUACCUUUAGCUGUGAUCAGCACAAUGGCAUCAGUGUUAGAGUAGUUACUAGUUUUUACUUGGCAACAAAUGCUUUUGGUAGAGCAGCACUGUAACCCAGUUAGUCUGUUGGGGAAGAGCAGGACACUUAAAAAUCUGCAUGUGUUCUAACUGGAAAUCCUUUUAGGUCUGUAUUUCAUACUGACUACUAGCAGUUUUCUUCCUUUUGGAAAAUAAAAAAUUAGAUCUUCAGUUAGAAUUAAAUUAGGCUGUCUACAGACUCAAAAAUACUGGGAUGUAACUGGUUCUGUUGAAUAUGAAACAAUUUUAAAUGCUGGUUUCUUCUGAGAAAUGAGAGGUGCUUCUUGAACACAGGGAUGAGGCAGCAGAGACCACUUCUUCCUGUAGUAAUUAAGUAUAGAGAUAGAGUUUACACAUUCUUUAUUUCACCAAUGUUCAGGCCACAGUUCUGAAGCACAACAUGAUCACGAUUUUGUUAUCUAAGAGUGCUGAAUACCCAAUUCAGGCUUUGGGCAUCUCAGGGAGAUACUUCAAGCCACAUGCCUUGACUAAACGUAGUUACGUUGUGCAGACUUACCUUAGCUGAGGACCUGGCCCUUAGCUCUUCAAAAGUAUGAAUGUACUCAAAAUUGUACCUUUUAAUACUGCCCUGUGUCCUGUGCUGUGUCCCCCUACUGCUGUACGUACUUAAUUCUUUGCAUUAAUUUGCAACUUUUUUGUAGAUUUCAGCAUAAAAAUAAUUUGCUUUUUAAGAUUAUGUAGGAGUUCAUAUUAUAUGUGAGUUUAUUGCAUUCUGUACCUUCAAGGUUUACAUCCCUCAAAAGCCAUUUCGUCUGCUACAAACUGCUGUAAUCCUUUGAGUACCUCCAGCCAUCUUCUCUUUCUAGAAUUUUUGUAGUUAAAGAGAAUGGAUUUUUAUUUUUGUAGCUUGUAACUUCAGUAUGUCUAGUAGUGGUUUAAUAAGUAGUGAUCAGAAUACUGUAAAAAUGUUGCUUUUAAGAGCUGUAACUUAAAGUAGUAAUAACUACUUAGAUGAAAAUGUCAGCAUAUUAACAGUUUAAAAAAAAAAAGUUAUUCUUUAGCUUCACAUGCUGUGAUGCUGCCACCUGGGAUUUGUAUUGAAUGUGUUUGUCUAUAUGUUCUAAAGUGGCACUAAACAAGGAAAAUAUGAGCUUAAAGUGCAAAAAAUAGGUCAAAAAUAUAAUUUUUAACAUUUUAGGUGGUUUUCAACUGAGAAAGUUGACAUUGGGAUUCAGUAUUUUUUUAUUUCCCGCCGAGCAGUAAGAAAGGAGUGAUCAGUGGACUCUUGGCAGAUCAGCUGUUUCCUUAUGGUGUAAUUUGAGAUCUGUAUUUAGUGCCCAAACAUAAGCAGACACCAUCUGCACCAUUCCUGCCCCUCAGAGAAAAAACCCCAGAGCAAACCCCACAGCUCGUAGCUGUACAUAUGUGAGAUCUUAUGUGCAAUGAAAGAACCAGUCAACAUGAUCUUAAACCUCCAAAAUAAAUGUUUAAAUCUAAAUUGGCUAAUUUUUCCUUGACAUCAAGUGAUGAAAACCAAACUGGUUUUCCUUUGGUUUUGGAAAGAAGGCAGGCUGAAAUGGGAGGGUAAGGAGGUAAUCCUGUAAAAGUCUUUGUUACAAAAGAUGAGAAGUCUGCUUUUAUUUGCUGCAGAGGCACAGUGAGUGUGAUUUCGUCUCAUAAAAGUUUGUGAUGGUUGGUGCAUUAAUUACGUGGGCACGAUGUGUGAUUCGGGUCAGGUUCUGCCUGAGAAACUGCAGCUUCAGUGGAGCCACAGAGCUGCCCCGUUCUGUGGUUGCUCCACAUUAACACAGGGAAACUGAAAACUUCAGUCGGUUGUACCAUUGUGCAUUGAGUGACUUACACUCCCAGAAGGCUCUAUUGAGAAACAUCUGCUCCAUGUUCUUCAUAAAAAUUUGUAAAUACAGAUUUUUCACAGCACUGGUUCUGUUACUGUAUUUCCUAAUGCAUCUGUUUGUUGUCUUCUUAUUUGUACUGUAUUUCUCUGUAGAUAUAAGUGUGUGGAUUAAAGUAUUUAAACUCA